CAGUCGACCGGAACCAAAUACUGAAAGGCACAAGAGGAAAGACAGAAAUGGUGGGGUUCUUCAGCCUCUGUUCUUCCACUCAUUAUUAUCAUUUGCAGCUCCGAAAUGGAUCAGUUCAGUAUGAACUGAUUAGACCAAUCAAGUACAGACCAAGGAGCAUCAUCAGGUGCUGUAGCACUACAAGGGGAAAAGCCAGGGAGGACUACUACCAAGUGCUGGGAGUGACGGUUAAUUCAACGCCUUAGGAGAUCAAGGAGGCUUACAGGAAGCUUCAGAAACGACACCAUCCUGAUAUUGCUGGCUACAAGGGUCAUGACUACACCCUACUGCUGAAUGAGGCAUACAAGGUGUUGAUGAGAAAUAGUCCCAGGAACGCUGGUGCUAGUGGCAGAGGCUUUGGCAGAGGUUUCACUGGAAACGGGUACAGUUGUUGGAAUGGGCCUGUGAGAAGCCAUGCACUCUUUGUCGACGAGAACAAAUGCAUAGGAUGUAGGGAGUGCGUCCACCAUGCCGGAGAGACAUUCGCGAUGGACGAUGUUCUUGGAAGCGCUCACGUCGAAGUCCAGUUUGGAGACCAGGAGCAGAAGAUACAGGUAGCUGUGGAGUCGUGCCCAGUGAACUGCAUCCACUGGGUGAUGAGCGAGGAGCUAGCGGUGCUGGAGUUCCUGGCACGGCCACAGCAGAAGGAAGCGCACGGCGUGUUCGGCGGCGGGUGGGAGAGGCCCCGGGACGUGUUCGCUGCGGCCAACAACUUCACCAAGAGGCUCCAGAGAGAGGAGCAACAGGACAUGGCACGGCAGCAACGCUACAAUAAUGGUGAUGCAUGCGAGGAAGGUGAAACCGAACGGCAGGCCGAGGCGAGGCGUCGCGCAGGGCAGGAGCUCCGGUGGAAGCGUUUGCGCGAUGUGUGGAAUGGGCUGAGGGACUGGACGAAACCUGGUGUGGACGGCCCGUAGAUUAUCAGGCGCUCCUGGCUGCAGCUGAAGGACUAAAACAGGUUUGCAUGCACUGUAAGUAGUGUAACCGUUUAAAAAAAUAUUAUUCAUCUCAAGUACAAACAGGGCAUGAUGUAUAACGGGCACAACUCAACAUCUAAAGUUAUGUUUCUGAUCAUCCA